GGUUAUGCAUGGGCCUUUGUUAGCACUUUUGCACAGCAAAUUCUUAGAACCCAGAUAGCUGAUUGGUAUUCAUUAUAUUCAAUGAAUAGACACUUUGGCAUCCUAUUUAUCCAAUGAAUGCGAGGAUCGCAAACCAAAGUGGCUGUGAAUUGUUCACAGAAAGGAGGGAAACGGUGCCAGUUUUCUUGAAUGUGGCAGGCAUACUUGGAGAGAAUCCUUCCCCUGCUCUUCAACCGGCUCAUUGACCAGAAGGAAACCUCACGCAAGAUGUCUGCGCGAAUCCUCAAGACAGCGGCAGAACUGUACCCUAUUGAGCUUCUCCUACCUGCCUUGCUGCGAUCUUUGGAUGAGCAGCGGUCGCCAAAGGCAAAGAUGGCAGUCAUUGAGUUUGGAGUCUCAGCACUCAAGAGACCGAUGGGAAUUGGUGAACACAUUCCUAUAGUGCAUGCUGAUGUGGUGCUGCCACUGGUCUUCAUUGAUGAUGUGGCAUAUGCCACCUAUCUCGACUGCUGACAUGGCACUGUUCACGCUGUAUACAUGAGGUGGCUGGUUGCGAGGAGGAAGAAGAUCAGGAUCUGUGGAUGAAGGAGGUCGGUUACUCACCUGAGGUUGACGUCGUCACUGGAAUCUGCUAUGUCUUCAUGGUCUUCACGAGAUAAAGUGCCACGUGGCAC